AACAGUCCAGAAUAAAGAUUUAACAAGAACGGACGAUUUGAUAAGUUCAGCUUAAAAAAAAUAAAAAUGAAGUUUCAGGUCUUAUUAAUACUACUAAGUGGUGUUUUAUGUACACAGUCAGCAGUUGUACCAUUACAAGACUUGGCUACUGACUACCAAACCACGGAGACUUUUGCAACACAUGAUAAAUCACAGGCAACCGAGUCACAUGAAAGUCAAGCCGCAUUUGAGAUCGUAGCACCAUUGACUCAAUUGGCGCAUAUAACUUACGAUUCCAUACCGGUGGCUCAUACGCCAUAUGAGCAUGUACCACUAUUUCAACGUGUCAGUCAUGUAGAGGCAAGAAAGCAUAGCGGCAAAAAAUAUAAUAAAAUUGUCAAAAACUGAUUGAUAAAAUGCGACAAAUAAAGAAA